AUGAAGGAAUGCCUUGCAAGAUCAAAAGAUCUCGGCUUUGACACUGUGCUCGACAGGGAAGCGAGCCCUGUGCGAAUGGGCCUCCCAGACACCCCGGAGACCCCAGACACUCCGGAGCUGGCCAAGAGCGAGGCGGAAAGCAAUGCCUCGGAGGCCGAGGAGAGACAUGGUGCUCUGCUUCACGAGAAGCCUAGCCGUGUUUCCAUGGCACCCACGGUGCACGAGGCGGUGUGCGAAGACUUGGAGGAAGAGGAGGAGGAGGAGGACGACGAACGCCAACAGAGGGCAGUGCCGGAGGACCAGGACGUUGCCAACGAAGAGUUGCUCCGAAGUGAGCUGGCAGAGCUUCGGGAGGCGGUUGCCCGGGAGCUUACCGCGCGGGCAGAGCUGGAGGCGCUGCACCGGCAGACGGCAGAGCGGCUCAGCAGCUGCGAGGCCCAGCGGGCACAGAUGGCCAAGGAGCUGCGCAGCUCCAAGGCGGAGCGCGAUGGGUUGCGGCGGCAGCUCCAAGAGACCUCGGAGCGGCACGUGGAGUUGGCACGGAGGCUUAGAAAGCAGCAGGAGACCAACAAGCAGCUAGACAGCCAGCUGAAUACAGCUGAGGCUGCGCGGUUGGAGCUUCAAAAUCAGCUGGGCGAGGAGCGUGAGGUUCUGGUGGAGUCACCUGAGGCCUUCUGCGAUGAGCUGAUUGACUCCAGCCUGGACUCCGCGCUCUCCAAAGACAGCCCCGAGAUGGAGGAGGAGCUGCCGACCGCUGGCGGCCUUCUCAGGGAGUGGGCCUCGGUCUAUGAGGAUGCGGCGGAGCGCCGACCUGUGCUGCUCAAGCGCAGCCCAUGGGCCAAGGAGAUUAAGGCCGAGCCCCCGAUGCGGAGCCCGCGGGAAAGCGCUGGCAAGCUCUCCAUGCGCGACCUGUCGGAGAUUAAGGCGCUGAAGAAGCCGCCGCCCCCCAUUCGGAUGCUCAUGGAGGUGUGCUGCUUGCUCUUCCACAUCCAGCCGGUGAAAUCCAGGGACGAUUCUGCGAGGCAGCACCUGGAUUAUUGGGAGCCGGCCCGGCGCUUCCUCCUGUCGGAUCCCUUCCUGCUGUCCAAGCUGCGCUCCUUCGAGGAGAUCGGGCCAGCGCAGCGUGCUAAGAUUAAGAAGUACUUCAAGGACCCAGACUUCAGCGCGGAGCGGGUGUUGAAGUGCUCCAAGGCCGCCCACGAGCUGUACGUUUGCGUAUCCUCGCUUAUUGGCCUUCAGCCAAAUGCAUCCCAGAGCGAUGAAAGAUGUAUCGCCUGCACGACAGCAGCCAGCAGCAAUGAAAACAUUGCGGCUGUUAAAUAA